CACACACACACACACACACACCUCCAGCACGCUAUUGCUACUUACUGGCCUCACAUACAAAGUCCUGGGAGAUUUGCAUCCAAACCUCACAGCAGAGCGAGCUUCCUGUGAACAUAAACACCACAUGCACCAUGAGUUUCUUUGGGAAGCUGAAAACAUCUGUACUACACAGUGGCCCACCAGCCCCACCCAGGAGAACAGAUAACAGUUCUGAAUACGGCUGGCCAGAGGGAGAGUUUGAUGAUGAAGAUACUUAUGAAGCUCCACCAUGUGAACGUCCCACUAUAAAGGUCCAACCUCACCAAGUAGAGGAGAAUGUUUACCUGGGCUACCCAGACAGAACACCAAAUCCUGUUAUUCCCAAAAGACAGGCAGCACCCCCGCCACGACCUGCCAAGAUCCCCCCAAUAGUCAAAACCACGAAGCCAGAGCUGUCACAUGACCCAGAGGAGUUUUACAUUGACCCCAAUGAUGGUAAACCGCCUGAGGUAAUACGUAAAGAUAAACCUGGUAAGAAAGCUCCACCUAAGAGACCCCCGAUGAGACCACCACCGGUCCCUCAACAUGACGAAGAUGUUUAUUUAGACCCAAAUGAAGGACAGGAUGAUGACACAUAUCUGGAACCUGCUGCAGAUUGCCCUCCUGCCCUUCGAAGUCCUGCCCGUAUGCCAGUUCCCAGAGACCCUCCACCUCCAAUAAUGAAGCCACCUGUUCCUAGAGCCAAAUCUAAUUCACUCUUGAUCAGUGAAAGCAUGAACAAAGUUUUACCACCAGAGGUCAAACGCUCCACACUCUCUGGCCAGUUGCCUCCUCUGGCACUAGCCAGCAAACCAGUUCUACCCAUCAUCAUGCCCAAAGAACCCAAACCCAGUCCUCCGCUGCCUCCAUCUGUGGACUGCUCAGCGCCCUCUUUUGGAAUAAAGUCUGUCACACAACCUUUUGCCCAGGAGGCGGGGCUUCAGGACAGAGAGUGGUUUGCUGGUAUUUGUGAUCGCAAGACCGCAGAGGAAACAGUGCUCAGGUUUAACAAGGACGGCACAUUUCUGGUGAGAUGCAGUAAUUCUCAGAGCGGCUGUCAGCCGUACACACUGGUCGUGCUCUUCCAUCACAGCGUUUAUAACAUCCCUGUACGCUUCCUGAAUGACUCGCAUCACUACGCGCUGGGCAAAGAGGGCAAGAAGACUGAAGAGCUGUUUGUCAGUUUGCAGGAGAUGAUCUCACAUCAUAUGAAGAACCCCAUUUUACUGAUUGACCGCAAGAGUCAAGCCAAACACACCACCUACCUCUCACACCCCGUCCGACCCUAAAAUACACCUCUCUGUCUCUCUCGUAUCAGUCUAUCCAGCCUGACCUUUACACUGAUAUAUGUGCUUCAAAAACACUCAUUCGCUGUUUAAAUUAUUUAUUAGAUUAGGUUUGUAAUGUAUACAGAAGUUAAUAGUGUGCCUUGUGUUUAUUACGUUUCAUAUCUGAAUGCAGUGACUCUCAUUAGCUUUGGUAAAACCUGUCAUAACCUGUCAUAUACGUCAUGUUUAUAUGACAAUAUGGUUUUAGUUUACUGUAUUACUGUAACACGUGACUUACUGACCAUUGUUUUUCCUUUUAACUAUUUGACUAUUUUGGUGUCUAAUGCAGGAUUUAGUCUAGGAUCCCCAAAUAUUAUGAUCCCCUUGCAAGGGACCCCCUUUUUAAAAUAUAAAGCUAGAUAUUUUCAUCUAUAUAGAUUUUGUACAUUAAAGAAUUUGUACUAUUUGAGUUAAAUAUUUAGCGUAAUAUUGUUUAGACAACAAGUUGUUUGCAAUAUCAUGCCAUAAAUAAUUGUAUUUCUAAUUUUACUUAGCCACAAAACAUGAUUUAAAUAUAAUCAGGACAUUUUUAUUAUUAAUAUUAAUUGUUAUCAUUAAUUGCACAUCUUUUUUGUGCUCACUAUUAGAGUAAUAAAUAAUAAUAAUAAUAAUAAACCUGAACAAAAAACACUUUCAAUUCAACUGAAAUUUAUGUGUAAUCUUUAAAACAUUUCUUUUAGGAUGAAACCAUAAUAAUGGUCAAAUUCAGCAAAAUUGUGCCCAUAACAAAAUAACAGCUGAACAACAGAGUAAAAGUUUGUAGUAAGUGAUAAAAUAUACAUGAAAUAGGCCUGAUGCUGUUUACUGUAGUUAUUAUUUUUGAAGCCAUUAUAAAAAAUAAAAGAAAGCUCAUAUUUGAACAUUUUGAACAUUUUCCUUAUGCCUCCCCAAAUCUGAUUGCCAUGAUAUAGGCCUUUAAAACUACAUACAGGUACAUAUUUAAAUUCCAAGAUUAUUUGGGAAAAUAUGUUACAUGUACCCUAAUAAAAUGUGAUCUCAUGAGAAUUCGUAUGCACUGUUAUGUAAAGUUUGGUUCUAGAAAACAUACAUUCUCUUACGUUUGUAUAGUGUACAAUAUUGACGUAUUGACAGCAUCUAAACGUCAUAAUUUUACGUAUUAACACCUAUAGAAAUGUACAAAUGUUUAUGUGUACUGUUUGAAUUGAUUAAUAUCGAAUAAUUAAUAGAAUUAAUCAGUUAAUUACAAUUACAUUGAUUAUAAUCAAUGAGAUUAGUUAAAUGCCAUCACAUUUAUUUAAUGCAGCUGACUUUAUAAUAUGACAUUUUUUCUCCCAAUUUUGGAAUGCCCAAUUCCCACUACUUAGUAGGUCCUCGUGGUGGUGUGGUUACUCGCCACAAUCCGGGUGGCGGAGGACAAGUCUCAGUUGCCUCCGCUUCUGAGACCGUCAAUCCGCGCAUCUUAUCACGUGACUCGUUGUGCAUGACACCGUGGAGACUCACAGCAUGUGGAGGCUCAUGCUACUCUCCACGAUCCACACACAACUUACCACACGCCCCAUUGAGAGCGAGAACCACUAAUCACGACCACGAGGAGGUUACCCCAUGUGACUCUACCCUCCCUAGCAACCGGGCCAAUUUGGUUUCUUAGGAGGCCUGGCUGGAGUCACUCAGCACACCCUGAAUUCAAACUCACGACUCCAGGUGUGAUAGUCAGCGUCAAUACUCGCUGAGCAACCCAGGCCCCCAUAAUAUGACAUUUUAAUGGUGUCAUUGAGUUCUGUGUGACUUCUGCUGCCCUAUACAACGUUAUAAAACAAUAAUAAAAUUAAUCCAUAAAUUUGUUAGCUAUAAUCCAAUUCUUCAGACUGCUUUCUGUGAAGAACAGACCCGAAUUCAAGCCUUUGACACUCGAUGUCCGUCUGCAUCUGCUGCAGCGCCCGCCGUAACCGUUAACAUGCGUUGGUUUCGUUUUCAAAAUUAAAAAAUUGCCACCUCAAGCAUUACGACCAGUGGUUUUAUGGCAGUGAUGUCGAAUGCUUAUUGGCUCUCAAGUGUCUCGUGACCGGUGCGACAUGACGUAUUCGGUGAUGUAUGCUGUAUGUUGAAUGAGAUAUGACAGCGCCAUUAUGGCGUGCAUCAGGAGAAGGUUUACAGUGAUUAAUAAUUUAAAUUCCACUCUCCACCUCACACAAUGCUGUUAUAUGCCAUCAGGGUGCCCAUCGGAUGCAGCGCAUCGCCCUAUGGACUACUUUUGUACUGAAUUUUGCCAUUUUUCUGAAUACAUUAUUGUGAUUAAAAGUAUCUGCCUGUUACGUGUUUUAUAUGCUUAAUAAAUGGUCAUGGUUAGGUUUAGGAGUAGGUGUGGGAUUAGCGGCUGUGAAAUAUAUAUACAUUUAUAUAUUGUAACAGAAUGUAUUGCUACUGUACAUUAGUUAAGGGACCUAAAAUAUCUAUAAAAGAGUAAAAAUGUACAAAUAUAUUUCUAAUCGUUUUGUGUAUUCAAAUAUAUUUGUAAUGGAUUCGUCAAUAUUUUACAUUAAAUGUUAAAUGUCUACGUUUUAGAUGCUUUCAAACGUCCAUAUUGUACGUUUUAGUGUCUAUCCAAAUGUACAAAUAUUAACAUACAAAUAGGUACGCAUAUGAAUGAGAUCAGGCUGUAACAAAACAGCAAUUUUUGUAGUAUUUUGAAAUGUAUGUUAUUGUAU